AUCGUUGAGACUAAACUCACUAAUUUCACUAACUGACUAACCUGACUCCUGCAACAUUAUUAUUAUUAUUAUUAUCUCUGCCUGGCUGUGCCUGCAUCGCACCACGGAUCUUCUCCACUAUCCUCCGUUCCCCUCGAACUAAACGCUCUUAGGGAACAUCUCCGAGAUGGCCUGCUUCCAAUAGCUCUGCUCGUUGGAUGGAUCGUGAUAUGGCCUGUCCGUUUUAGUCCUCACCAACUAGAAGUAUAAAGUACCUCUACUCCCAGAAUCAUCUUCAACUUCACAUCCCAGUCAAUUCUCUAGCAGUCCUUCUACUUUUCGUCCUCACAAUGAAGGCUUCCUGGGCUUUGGCAGCAGCCACUGCUGCUCUCACUUCCACGGUCUCCGCCACCGACUCCAGCGAUUGCCACUGUCUGCCUGGGGAUGACUGCUGGCCCUCCACUUCCAGCUGGGAGACCUUGAACAGCACGGUGAACGGUCGCUUGAUUGCGACAGUUCCCAUUGGUACCCCUUGCCAUGCUCCCAACUAUGAUGCUGCUGCGUGCAAGGAGCUGCAAAGCAACUGGUACUACCCGCAGACCCACAUGGACACUUCCUCGUCCGUGAUGCAAACCUACUUCGCCAACCAGAGUUGCGAUCCUUUCACCUCCGUGGAUAGACCUUGCGUGCUUGGCAACUAUGUGGACUAUGCCGUCAAUGUCUCGUCUAGCGAUGAGGUCGUUGCGGCUAUCAACUUUGCCAAGUCCAACAACAUCCGUAUCGUCAUCCGGAACACUGGCCAUGACUAUCUUGGUCGUUCCACCGGUGCUGGUGCUCUGGCCAUCUGGACCCACCACCUGAACAACAUUGAAUAUGUUGACUGGUCCGAUUCCACCUACACUGGCCCUGCGUACAAGCUCGGUAGCGGUGUCAUGGGAUUCCAGGUCCUUGAUGCUGUCCACGCCAACGGCCACGUUGUGGUUGGUGGGGAGUGUCCCACCGUCGGUCUUGCCGGAGGUUACCUCCAGGGUGGUGGCCACUCUGCUCUGAGCACCUCGUUCGGUCUGGGAGCCGAUCAGUCUUUGUCCUUCGAGGUCGUCACCGCUGCUGGCGAUGUUGUCACUGCCUCUCGCACCAACAACACCGACCUUUACUGGGCCCUCAGCGGUGGUGGUGCCGGUAACUAUGGUGUUGUUCUGUCCGUUACCGUCAAGGCCUAUUCUGAUGCCACCGUUUCCGGUGCUGGCGUUGAGUUCACCGCGGCCAACGUCACGACUGACGUUUUCUUCGAGGGCGUCGCUCGCUUCCACGAGCUGUUGCCAGCUAUGAUUGAUGCCGGCACCACCGUCAUCUACGAGAUGACCAACAGCAUCUUCCUGAUCAACCCGAUGACCGGUUUCAACAAGACCACCGACGAGGUGAAGACCAUCCUUGCUCCUUUCCUCGCCGCCCUGACCGACCUGGGCAUUACUUAUACUGUCUCCUACACUGAGUACGAUUCGUACUAUGAGCACUACGAGAAGUACAUGGGUCCUCUUCCCUACGGCAACCUGGAUGUCGGUACCUACAACUAUGGUGGCCGCCUUAUCCCCCGUUCCGUUUUGGACUCUAACGUGACCCCCUUGGUCUCUGCUCUCCGCAACAUCACCAGCGAGGGUAUCAUCGCUGUCGGUGUUGGUCUGAACGUGACCAGCUCCAACGACGUCGCCAACGCUAUCUUCCCCGAGUGGCGCAAGGCCGCCGUGACCAUGCAGAUUGGCGCUGCCUGGAACGAAACUGCCCCUUGGUCUCAGAUGGUCGAGGAGCAGUACCAGAUGACCCACCAGGCUGUGCCGCAGCUUGAGGCCGCCACUCCUGGUGCCGGUGCGUACCAGAACGAGGCGGACUUCAACCAGCUGAACUGGCAGGAGACCUUCUUCGGCUCCAACUACGACAACCUGACCCAGAUCAAGAACAAGUGGGAUCCCGACCACGUGUUCUACGUUCUGAAGGGUGUGGGCAGUGAGUACUGGACCGUGUCGGAGUCGGGCCGUAUGUGCAAGGCUUAAAUUCUCUGUAUAUGUGUCUGAUAUAGAUUACCUGGUAUUCUUGGAUGUAUAUAAUGAUGGACGUG